AUGUCAAGGCCCGGACUUCAGACGCCGAAGUGGAAUGCAAAGGGCUUUGCUGCUGCCGAUGACCGUUCUGCGCCGGAAGCCCGGGCUGUCGCUUUCUCUUCCUUAGCCCCUGCCUGGCCCAGGUGCCGUAAGGCCCGAGCUAUGAGACGGAAGAGGCAUCGCCUGGUCCCGGAGAACUUUGGACUGAAGAGGCGGCGGGAACUGGGGCCCGAAGCGGAUCCCCUGCGGGGAGAGUCGGGGUCGGCGCGCGCGGCGGUCGCGGCAGCCCCGAGCCCCCGGCCCUCCCGCCGUCCCGCAAGCUUGGCCUUCUGGGGCAGGCUCUGCGCCAGGCGCCGUGGGGCCGCUAGGAAAGGAAAGGAAAGGAAAGCGCGGAAGAAGGGCAGGUUAGGUGGGGGGCGGGACAUGCACAGGCGAGGUGCGAGUGGCAGGUAUGAGCAGAGAACGACUCCAGGUUGGGGUUUUAUAACCGAGCUCCUGUCUCGUGGCUGCCCGCGUUUCUGGAGACUCAGGGUCCCAGUUAAUGGAUGGGGAGGAGAGUGCUCACUGCCUAGGCCUCACCUCUCCUGGCCUCCUGCUGCCCUCAGGCAUCUGGUGAACGCCGGAGUCCUCACUGUGCGCGAUGCUGGGAGCUGGUGGCUAGCGGUGCCCGGAGCCGGGAGGUUUAUCAAGUGCUUUGUGAAAGGGCGUCAGGCUGUCCUCGGCAUGGUCCGGAAGGCCAAGUACCGGGAGCUGCUCCUGUCCGAGCUCUUGGGCCGGCGGGCGCCUGCUGCCGUGCGGCUGGGCCUCGCCUACCACGUGCACGACCUCAUUGGGGCCCAGCUGGUAGACUGCAUCUCCACCACUUCCGGGACGCUCCUCCGCCUGCCGGAGACCUGAGGCUUCUGCUCGUCGCUGCACACCUCCUGACAGUGGCAGAGGAGCCCGGGAGCGCUGCCCGGCCGGCUGACACACGGCCACUCGGGAAGACUCCAGAGCCAGGAGUGCUGGGCUUCUGUGCACCCGGGCAGACGUGACGCUGCGUUUACCUGGGCUCUGGCCCGGGGUGGGCUUUGGGCAGUGCUGCUCUGUCCUGUGGAGCUCAGCCAGAAACUGCCAAGGCCGUGGCUGCUGCGGCUACUGUAAAGCGGUGCUCUCCUUCCUCUGUCUCGGGACAGGGGUGGGAUUUGGGGGAAGGCUGGGGAAGCGGGGCAAGGGUCUC